CGAGGGUGAGCGGGUGGCGGGCGGGCGGCAGCGGCCGGAGGACGCCGGGCUGCGGGAGGCGGCUCCGCAGUGCCCAGGAGGGGGAAUUGCGUUUGUAGGUCGUGGAUCCGCUUUGAGGUUAAGCUUGUGGGGGAAGAAAACAUGACGUCGCCAGCAAAAUUCAAAAAGGAUAAGGAGAUCAUCGCGGAAUAUGACACUCAGGUGAAAGAGAUCCGUGCCCAGUUGGUAGAGCAGCUGAAAUGCCUUGACCAGCAGUGCGAGCUCCGGGUCCAGUUACUGCAGGACUUGCAGGAUUUCUUCCGCAAGAAGGCAGAGAUUGAGAUGGAUUACUCGAGGAAUUUGGAGAAGUUGGCUGAGAGAUUCCUGGCUAAAACUAGGAGCACCAAAGACCAGCAAUUCAAGAAGGAUCAGAACGUGCUCUCACCAGUCAAUUGCUGGAACCUCCUCUUAAACCAAGUGAAGCGGGAGAGCAGGGACCACACCACCCUCAGUGAUAUCUAUCUCAACAACAUCAUCCCACGCUUUGUCCAGGUCAGCGAAGAUUCUGGGCGCCUGUUCAAGAAGAGUAAGGAAGUGGGAUUGCAGCUCCAGGAAGACUUGAUAAAGGUCCUGAAUGAACUCUACACGGUGAUGAAAACCUACCACAUGUACAACGCUGACAGCAUCAGUGCUCAGAGCAAACUGAAAGAGGCAGAGAAGCAGGAAGAAAAGCAGAUUGGGAAGUCAGUGAAACAAGAGGAAAAGCAGACGCCGCGCUCCCCCGACUCCACGUCCAACGUCAAAUUUGAAGAAAAACACGUUCGACGGAGCUCUGUCAAGAAAAUAGAGAAAAUGAAGGAAAAGCGCCAAGCAAAGUACACAGAAAAUAGGCUGAAGGCUAUUAAGGCAAGAAACGAGUAUCUGCUGGCUCUGGAAGCAACCAAUGCAUCUGUCUUCAAGUAUUACAUUCACGACCUGUCUGAUCUCAUUGAUCAGUGCUGUGACCUGGGAUACCACGCUAGCCUCAACAGAGCUCUGAGGACGUUCUUGUCUGCUGAGCUAAACCUGGAGCAGUCCAAGCACGAGGGUCUGGAUGCCAUUGAAAAUGCUGUUGAGAACCUGGAUGCCAACAGUGACAAGCAGCGCCUGAUGGAGAUGUACAACAAUGUCUUCUGUCCGCCCAUGAAGUUCGAGUUUCAGCCGCAUAUGGGCGACAUGGAAUCCCAGCUGUGUGCCCAGCAGCCGGUGCAGAGUGAGUUAGUGCAGAGGUGCCAGCAGCUGCAGUCCAGGUUAUCUACGCUGAAGAUUGAAAACGAGGAGGUGAAGAAGACGAUGGAAGCAACGCUCCAGACAAUCCAGGACAUAGUCACAAUAGAGGACUUCGAUGUCUCUGACUGCUUUCAGUACAGCAACUCUAUGGAGUCUGUUAAAUCCACCGUAUCCGAAACCUUCAUGAGCAAACCAAGCAUUGCCAAGAGACGGGCCAACCAGCAGGAGACAGAGCAGUUCUAUUUCACAAAAAUGAAGGAGUAUCUGGAGGGCAGGAACCUGAUAACGAAGCUCCAAGCCAAGCACGACCUCCUCCAGAAGACCCUGGGAGAAAGUCAGAGGACCGACUGCUCCCUCGCCAGCAUGGCUUGGAAUACCAAACGAGCAAGCACUGCAAUAGUAGAGAAUUAUCUUGACUUUUUCUCCUCUGUUUUUCCUCUGGCACCGAUGGGCUGUUCUGAUCUCAUCAGCGGCAGGCGCAGCUCCACUGUCAGAAAGCAGGACUCCUCUCAAGCCAUUCCCCUGGUCGUGGAGAGCUGCAUACGGUUCAUCAGCAGACACGGUUUGCAGCAUGAGGGAAUAUUCAGGGUGUCCGGGUCACAAGUGGAAGUGAACGACAUAAAAAAUGCAUUCGAGAGAGGUGAAGAUCCUUUGGCUGGGGACCAGAAUGACCACGACAUGGAUUCGAUAGCAGGAGUUCUGAAGCUCUACUUCCGAGGGUUGGAGCACCCUCUCUUCCCCAAGGACAUCUUUCACGAUCUGAUGGCCUGCGUCACAAUGGACAAUUUGCAAGAGAGAGCGCUCCACAUCCGCAAGGUGCUUCUGAACCUCCCGAAGACCACUCUGAUCGUGAUGAGAUACCUCUUUGCUUUCCUCAAUCAUUUAUCUCAGUUCAGUGAAGAGAACAUGAUGGAUCCCUACAAUUUAGCCAUCUGCUUUGGGCCGACGCUGAUGUCCGUGCCUGAAGGUCACGAUCAAGUCUCUUGCCAAGCUCACGUCAAUGAAUUGAUCAAAACCAUCAUCAUCCAACAUGAGAACAUCUUCCCAGGACCGAGGGAGCUGGAGGGUCCGGUGUAUAGCAGAGGCGGAAGCACUGAGGAUUACUGUGAAAGUCCUCAUGGAGAAAGAGCCUCUGCAGAAGAUGCGGUGCAGGACGUGGCGGCGGAGCACCACACCAGCGACGACGAGUGUGAGCCCAUAGAAGCAAUAGCGAAGUUCGACUACAUUGGCAGGACUGCACGAGAGCUGUCCUUUAAAAAAGGAGCUUCACUCCUGCUCUACCAGCGGGCCUCCGAUGACUGGUGGGAGGGACGCCACAAUGGAGUUGACGGCCUCAUCCCCCAUCAGUAUAUCGUCGUUCAAGACACCGAGGACGGUGUCUCUGAAAGAUCCAGUCCGAAGUCAGAAAUAGAAAUAAAUUCUGAGCCACCGGAGGAAAAAGUGACAGCCAGAGCUGGUGCCAGCUGCCCGAGCGGGGGCCACGUCGCAGACAUCUACCUUGCAAACAUCAACAAGCAAAGAAAGAAACCAGAGUCAGGCAGCAUCAGAAGAGCGUUCCGUCAAAGUGACAGCCAUGGACUAGGUAGCUCAAUGGCAGAACCAGCCUCCCCAGGAGCCAUAGCCGGUUCCAGACCCUCAUCUCAGCCCAUUAUGAGCCAAAGUCUUCCCAAGGAGGUUCCAGACAAAUGCUCCAUCAGUGGCCACGGCAGCCUCAAUUCUAUCAGCCGGCACUCGUCUCUGAAGAACAGGAUAGACAGCCCCCAGAUCCGGAAAACUGUGACGGCAGGGAGGUCCAAGAGCUUCAACAACCACCGGCCCAUGGACCCCGAGGUGAUUGCACAGGACAUUGAAGCGACGAUGAACUCUGCUCUGAACGAGCUGCGGGAGCUGGAAAGGCAGAGCAGCGUCAAGCACACGCCGGACGUCGUCCUCGACACUCUGGAACCUUUGAAAACGUCCCCGGUGGUGGCCCCCACGUCCGAGCCCUCCAGCCCCCUGCACACUCAGAUCCUCAAGGAUGCUGAGCCAGCCUUCCAGCGCAGCGCCAGCACGGCCGGCGACAUCCCCUGCACCUUCAGGCCGGUGAAGUCGGUCAAAAUGGCCACGCAGGUCAAACCCCCCGCCACGCGGCCGAAACCCGCCGUGUUCCCCAAAACCAACGCCACGAGCCCUGGCGUGGCCUCCUCCGCCUCUCAGCAGCCUGCUGACAAGUCCUGUACUGUCUGAUAAAAACCCGAUGCUGCUCUUGCGGGCACAGCCCCGCGCCUUGCUUCAGAUGGAAGAGACCGUGCUAUAAAGACGUUACAAUUCCUGUUGAACUCAAAUCUCGAACUCGUGCUGGAGGUUUGCGGGGAGCUGCUCCCUCCCGCUGGGAGCGGGCUCGGUGGUAACAGCCUCAUCCCACGCCCCGCAGCGCUGGGGCCCGUUAAGGCCAAGCCCUUCGUGCCACGCGUGGUUACAUCCAAUAUCGGCUCACUGUGAAGCUGAGGAGGAGCACAGAACGGCGCUGGGUUGGAUCUCGGUUUCUCGUCGAUGCCUCGCUCCAAGCAUUGAAGAAGAAACACAUUUGGCGGCAUGGCGUUUCGAGGACUGAUGUAGUGAGGUGAUAUAGUUCCGUGUUUCGUUUGUCACAGGGGGACGGUAGGAUAGGUUUUAGUCUGUUGCAUGUUUUUUGGGGGGGGCCUCUCGUUGCGUGGAGCUUGGACGCUGCCCGUUCUUGUGCGUUGUGACGACGUCGCCCGCCGGUGCCGCUGUGGUUGAGGGUCCGUCUCGACUUCCACGCCGCCGCUGGGUUUUGUUUGGUGGCCGCCCCGUUCCUCCCCGCGGGGCUCUCGGUCAUCCAGCCUCGUCCCUUCGGUGACACGUGUCAUGAAAAAUAGUUUACUCUGGAACACUCUUAGGUUUUGUGGAAUUAGACGUAAUGUGUGUCUGUGCAACUGUAAACGAACGUGUUCCUGGGGUUUAGGAGCAUAGGAAAGAGCCCUGUUGUUGCUUAUGGACCAUCGAGCUGUUUUCCUCCUUUGCUCUCCCGUAUUUAAAAACUGCUUCGUUGUUUUCCCGUGUCCUUUUCAGCCCAUGGGCUGCGAUGUGGUGUGUGGGCUCGGGAGACUGAACGUAAAAAGAAACUUCUGAAAUCCAGCAUCCUCUCGUGGGAUUCCACCCGGUAACGCACACGUUCUUGUUUGGAUCGCGUGUCAGGAUGGAUCCUUAACAAAACCCCGGUUACAAGCACUGUAAAACUCGGACCAGAAGUUCUCAAGCUUUGUAUCUCCUCCCCGUUCCUGGCUGUCAAUGCUCCGGGCUGUGAGCUGCCCUAGGGUUCUGCUCUCAUAGAGCAGCGCUGCGUGGGACGGGGCCGUGGCAGCAUGCAGCUUCUGGAGCAGCUUCACGACGUGCUGGUGGUAGCUGGCACGCCUUCGUAGGACUGCGGACACUUGAAUGAAUUCUUAGUCUGUGUAUUUAUACAGUAGGCAGCAAACGCUUCAGCCGCCAGCGGGCUGCAUGAGCUCUGUUUGUACUGGGCUGAGUUGCCCACGAUGCUCGCUAACACUUAUUUAAUGUUGGGAAAGGAAGGGCACGGGGAGGAGGAGCUCCUGGUCCCGCAAGAGAGGAGACGGACUGACCCUGGCUCCUCCUUGUUCCCCAGCUUUCCUGGGAUUUAAAAAAAAAGAGCUGCACAUCUGAUGUUCUCGCCAAGUGAAUUCAGGCAAGGACAGGAUAAGAGAAGUUAUUUUCCUCUUCCAUUUUUUACCUUUUUGUUCUGAAUCUGUAGGUUUCUCACACCUCGCUUUCCUUGCGACCGCAGCGUCCUGACGAUUGGCACUUAGAGCGAAACGAGGCAGAACUUGACAAAGAACGAUUUCUUCAUUGUGCUUUUGGAUUGAAGGAUGCUGCUCGGGGAAGUGAAGGGGGUUUUGUUGUGUCCCUGUCCCUCCCCACCCCUACAGAAGUAACACAGCUGUAUUGCACCCUGCUCACCCCGUCCCUCCCCAGCGACCAGCCAGCAUUGCUCUCAGGUUCUGACGGACUUCUACCACCAAGGAAUCACUUGGUCUUUCGGGGAAUAAGAACUGAACUUGCAGGUUUUUUUUGCUCAGGCAGAACUUUCUGGCAUUUACUUUACGUAGGGAAUUGUUGCUUUUGUUUUGUUGGGUCGCGAACGACCGAUUAAUCUGUGUCAAGAGCAGGAUCUCUGUGAAAUUUACUUUGACUCAUUUGUAAUGCCUUAUUUUCUUUACAUUUUUAUGCCUAGCAUUCAUGUUUCUAAGAACAAGUGUCCAGCCGCACACGGCACAUCUGGAGGAGAUGCUCUUUUCUGUCUCGGAGGUCUGAAUGAGUGGAAACUGAGAGAUAAAGACUUCAGGUUCCUCUGUCUGUAUAUGAGUUACUGUGCUUAUCUCUAGCAUCCACAGCUCUGGGACAGUCCUACUGCCAAGGGGAAUACGCUCAGCAGGACAAACCGCGUAUCGAGCAACUCAACUGGAAUUUUGGUGUGCACUGUGAUUGACACUUAAACCUACAGCAAGCAAUAUGGCAGACUGAAGAACUUCUCCUCUCCUGCGUGGCCUGGGCUCGUCCAGCCGGCAGGAAACACGCACACACGUAGGGGGAGAACUUGAGAAGGAACCUUGUGGCUCAGCUGCUUCGCUCCGUGAGCAUCCCAGGCUGAGGAACGUCGUGGUGGUUCACUGCCAAUGGGGGGCAGGGGAGGUGGGGAAGGAAAACUGGAAAUAUCGACACCGCCCUGCAAAGCCAACUGGUGGAGGAGACCGCGGGGUGAUGGUGAGGAAGGCACAGUGGUUUGCCUGGGGAGGUGUCCCUCUUACUUCCUAUCUUCGUAUUCAGAAGAAAUAUUUGCUCUUCCAUGGGAAUCCUUUCAUGACUUUUAUGUGAUGUAUGUGUCGGAUAUAAAGACAAGCAGUGUUUGAUAACUGGAAUAACGUUAUGUCUGUUUGAUAGUGCUUUGUAUGAACAAAGAGUUCUUGUUCAUCAGAUGUUGGAUUGAAGUAAUCCAAAGCAAGACUUUUAAAAUAAAAUACGGUUUUAGGUGAUCAGUCUUAAUCGUUUCGGGAGCUGUAACCUCUGAUGUUUGAUUUCCCUUGUUGGGAACUGAGCAGUGUGCUUUCGUGGUUGCUGAAUUUCUGCCUCUCCGAGGCAAUCCAAAGGCUCGCAGUUCUCACUUGGACCUGUGUUCUUCAUGUCAGAGCAAUGGGACGUGAACCAACUCUCUCACUCGAUCAGUCCUGGCUAUUUUCUUGCAAUGAAAAUGAUUAAAUAAUUAGAGUGCACUGUGACAGCAGAAAAAAAAAAAAUGUUGUAUAUGUAUGUAUUUUGAUACUUGUUUAAAAGGAGUCUUUGGGUUUCCUGUGAUGAAUACCUCAUAUGUUGGAUUUUUUGGGUUUUUGUUGAAUUGUUAUUAUUAUUUCUUUUUUUCUUUUUUUUUUUUUUUAAGGCAAGAUUGUUCUUGCUCCAAAGUAGGUUAAGGUAACCAAGUUCUCAUAAAUUUAUUUACAGAACCGAAACCCUUCGGAGUUGGGCAAGAAAUUCCAUCUGCUCCAGUUCCUCUCUGGAGUCGCUCCAGCAAUACUGAGACAAAAGAGGCCCGUGCAGAUGGAGUUUGCUGCCUCAUUUCUUCCCUCCCGUGUGUCAGAACCUCACCUUCCCUUGAACGUUGCGUGUGCUUUGGGUGUUGUCAAGCGUUUGAGGGGUUUUCUUCGAGGGAGACGCCUCUCAUUAGCACUUCAGACCCUUUGCGUUGAUGGACCUGAUAGACUGGAACGCUCUGCGUGCAGAGGGAAGGCUGGAGGCAGGUUGUUCUCAGCAGCGCCUGGUUUGCUCGGAACGCAGCCGUGGGGAUGGGGAAAGCCCAUAGGGACAACUGGAGGGCUCCUCGGCUGGUGGGCCAUGUGUGGUCCCUGUGCCUGGCAGGAUCCGGCCCUGACCGCACGGAGAUGCGCUGCAAUGUGCAGAUGCCUUUCUUCGCUGCCCUGUGAUCCACCAGCUGGGGGAAAAAAAAAAAAAGAAAAAAAGCUGAAGUAGAACACAGGAACCUUCAAGCAUUCCCAUCGCUAAUGAGGCUGGACGAGUCGAACGAGCUAGGGCUUUAUUUAUUUAGAGGGAUUUAGUUGUAGCCUUGUUGAGGGCUUCCCUGGCGCUGGCUGUGGCUGAAGGUGCUGGGCUUCUGCUCUGAGCUCGCCCGUGGCUUUCUGAGAACCCUCCCUCUGCAUCCGCUCCUGCUCCCCUCUGUUUCCUGGUACUUGAAACCAAUACUUGACCGCAGCGGUGCUGGGCAGGACGCGGGCGCUCCUGGGCCGGGCUCUGUUCUCUUGGGGUCUUUGGGUAGACCUGGAGAUGCCAAAACAGCGGCUCAAGGCCUGAAAAAUGGAAGGUUUUUUUUUUUUUUUUUCUUUUUUUCUUUCCUCUUUGUGUUUCCUGUAAGAUAAAGGUGAAAACGUUUUUUUUGAAGAGGGGCCAAAAGGAGGCGAGGGCAGCUCCCCGCUGUGCCGAUACUUGAGAUACCGCGCUUCGUACAGGGUAAAUACUGAGCGGUUUGCAAUGGAAACAAGAGGAGCACCCUUCAUUGCAAGGCACUGUAGUGACUUGACGCUUGAAGCGGACUUCUCCCACCUUUCUCACCAGGCAGAGCCCUGUGGUUGAGUAAAAGUGAAGUCCGAUGGGAUUGGACUCGUGCGUGUGCCAAACUGCUGGAGCAAUACUUGGAGCAGCAGGUUCUGUACAAGACCAGCUCUAUGUAGCCAAACCAGGGCCAUCGCUGAAACCGCCUCUGAUGCACGUUGUAGAGCAGCAGCCACCUCGUGGUUCUGCUGUGCUGGAGUAGAAAGUCCCAUUGUGCAAAGCCUGGAAGCCACGUUCUGUUGGUCCGAAGCCUCAGUGCUGCGCUGGGAUUGGGGGUUUUGUUACAGUGCGGUGGGAUGGGAUGUUCUUGCUUCAACAGUUUUCCAUUGUUUCAUGUCUUCUACACCAAUAUAUAUAUGGUGUAUAUAUUAAACCGUGUAAAAUUGUACUUUGUAUAUAUAACUGUACAAUAUGGAGGUACAUCCUUUUUUUUUUUGUUUGUUUUUCUCCUUCUUCCUUUUGGUACAGUAUUGUACAGUAUUUAGGAGUAUAUGUGUUGGAAAUGUUAAAUCCGUACUGGGGCUACGAACUGUAUCCGUUGUCAUUAGCAAUAGUUUUGGAGAAAUAAAUGUUUUGGGUAUGGUGGAAACGCUGA